AUGAUGCUCAACUCAGACGCCAUGGAGCUGGACCUGCCUCCCGCCCACUCGGAGCCGGAGUCAGGCUUCAGUGACUAUGGGGGCGGGGCGGGCCCUGACGCGGCUGGGCCCAGGGGGCCGGGAGGGGGCCAGACCCGGGGCCUGGAGCCAGGAGAGCCCGGCAGGAAAGACCUGCAGCACUUGAGCCGGGAGGAACGGCGGCGCAGGCGCAGGGCCACAGCCAAGUACCGCACGGCCCACGCCACGCGGGAGAGGAUCCGCGUGGAGGCCUUCAACCUGGCCUUCGCUGAGCUGCGCAAGCUGCUGCCCACGCUGCCCCCGGACAAGAAGCUCUCCAAGAUUGAGAUCCUGCGCCUGGCCAUCUGCUACAUUUCCUACCUGAACCACGUGCUGGAUGUCUGAAGGCGCCCGGGGCACACCCCUCCCCGGGCCCCCCCAGGUCCCUUCUCCUCGCCCACUGACUAGAACAGACACCUCUCUCCUGAGCCCUGUGCCCUGGCAUGGAGCCCCCCAGGCCUGGGGUAGGGGAUGAUGUCCCCACGGGUCGUGACCAACCCAGCAUCCCAGGGCUGCUCUCCGGGCACCUUCUCAGUGUGUGGUUGGGCCCCCGCUGUUAGAAGUGUCAGCGGGGAGGGGAGGUCGGUGUCCAGUCCUUGUUGGAUUUACUAAGCUCACCACACAUUGGGUCCCCCUAGCUCUCUCAAGGGCUGCUCCCUUUUCUAUCCCAGGUACAGAUUUCCAGAG